GCUCAUUCAACUCUUUGUUGUGGAACAAAUAGGAGUAAAAUAAUGUUUCCGAGACGGGUCCUAUUUCUGUUACACCAAUUGUUUACAUCCGCUUUGACGAGCACCCUGGCUGAAAGCAGCAAACUAUUAGUCUGCAAUGCAGCAACGUGAAGAGAAACAGUUGGAGGGCGCCGUUGAAUCGCUUACCAGCAGAGUUGCCCAUGUGAAAAAUUCCCUGCAGAGUUUUAUCUACAAGUUGGAGAAUGAAUAUGAACGACUAACAUGGCCUUCUGUGCUGGACAAUUUCGCACUCUUGUCUGGUCAGCUCAACACAAUCAAUAAGCUUUUGAAAAAUGACAAGACCCCAUCAUUUCGGAACCAGGUCAUUAUACCCCUUCUACUGUCUCCAGACCGAGACGAGGACCUCGCUAAACUGACAGAGCAGCGUGUGCCCGUGUUCAGUCAUGAGAUCGUGCCAGACCAUCUUAGAACCAAACCAGACCCUGACGUAGAGGAGCAAGAGAAACAGCUCAAUGCUGAGGCUGUCCGAAUUGGACCAGAUGCUGCACAGAAACAGAUCCAGACACUGAACAAACUUUGUUCAAAUUUACUGGAGAAGUUGAACAAUCCAAGAGAAGAUCGUGAUUCAGAGAAUGCAGCUCUGCGGCAGAACAAGCCGUCUUUCAACCCUGCGGACACCACUGCACUGGUAGCAGCAGUGGGCUUCGGGAAGAACCUGUCCAAAUGUAGACCUCCUGGACCUGUGGCCCCUGGACACCCAGGACAGGGGAACAUGAUGAGCGGUGGUCCAACCCUCCAGCAGGUCACUAUUGGCGGAGCCUCUGGCCACCAGGGAAACAUUGGGGGACCAGUGGCUUCCCAGCAGACUGGACAGCCUGGGAAAAUGCCAAGCAGCAUUAAGACGAAUAUCAAGUCUGCCUCAGCUUCAAUGCACCCAUACAACAGAUGAGAUUCACAACUUAAUGCCUUGGUGGGUGGAUGAUAGGACUGUGUUUGCUUCAUCAGAGUUGUUGUUGUUGUUACUUUGUAUCAUUCUUUGUCAUUUCUGAAUAAAUCAUUAUUGUUCUUUGAAAAAA